AUGGAGAAAACCGAUCCAACAUCACCAGUUCCCUCUAGUAGUAACAUCAAGCCAUCUAAUACCACCGCCGACGACGUCGUCUUCCAAAGCCAAAUCCAGCAACUCAUUCAACAUAAUGCGUCAGUUUCUUCAGUAGAUGCACAGAAUCAGAUAAACUCGAGCACACAAUCGCGGUAUUCCAGUCCAGCACCGCAACAACAACAGCAGCAGACUGUCAUACCUACAUAUGACCACGAGUCUCCUUACGCAGCCAACGCACCAACCCCUACAUACGGCAGCGGUUACCAUCAACCGAGUUACCAGAUGGAGCCAAGCCCCUAUCCACAACUGCCCGACACGGGUUCUUCUUUGACGCCACAUAAUACCUACAGUACUCCUGCUACAUCUCCACCAACUCCUUCGCAAGCUGAUAGUAUGAUGACUCGAAGUGGACGAUCGAUUACUCGAGCACACGGCGCGACGCCAAUUCUGGGUCCACAAAUAGCGCGAGUAAUGAAGACAUCACCGAAACCAAGAGCCGGUGGCGCAGCCGCCAGGAAGGCCGCCAGGAAAAGGAGAAAUAAAGGCGAAGAUGAUGAUGGAAAGCCAUUAGUCGUGUUAGACGAACCGCUGAGUGUGGUCGUGAGGGAAAUGACGGGGGUGCGGGAUACUAACAUCGAAGAAUACGUGAAUCGACCGUUAGAAACGCGGCAAGCGGAGGUUAGGGACUCGAAAGAAGGCAAAGUGAAGCGACCGAUGAAUGCUUUCAUGCUAUACAGGAAGGCCUAUCAAAACCGUGCGAAAGAGUACAAGAAGCACGACAAUCACCAAGUCAUCUCGCGAAUAUGUGGUGUGAGUUGGGGCAUGGAGUCCCAAGAGUUGCGCGAGCAGUUCGACAACUGGGCCAAGAUUGAGCGGGAAAACCACAAGCUUGCUUUCCCCGAGUACAAAUUCGCGCCUGCAAAGGCUAAGAAUAAGAAGGGCAUCAAUGCUGGUGGGGGUGGCAGAGGCCGAGACUCGGACGAUGAUGGCUCCGACCUCGAGGGGUAUGAAUGGGAUAUCAGCACGCCACCGUCACGGAAUAACACGAGGAGUGCAAGAUCCAUGUACGACCAAGACGCCGAGUAUCGGCCACCGGGUGUGCGAUCAUAUGCGCCUUACCCGCAUCAUCGAUCUCCAGUGUCACAUCAUACACAAAUACCGUACUCCCACCAACACCAACAGGCAUAUGCGUACCCGAACACUAAGCCAAGGCCAGUCGACUACGGCACGAGUUUGGGACAAUCCCAAUACUACCACCAACCGACGAAUGAUUACAUGCGAGCAUACCAGCACUCCAUGCAAGUACCGCAACCAUAUGCGCCGGUCGUACACGAUGUCAUGUAUGGGCCCAGGAUGACCUCACCCGCAAGCUCAUUUCACGGCUCACCGGUCGACCAGUAUGGGAACCUAAUGGGAUCUGGGUAUCCGCCGCCGCCACCACAAUCGCAAGCGCAGGUUAUGCAGGCACAAGUAGCCGCCAUGCCGCAACCGCGUAUGAAUGAUUAUCAACAACAGCACCACCAGAUCGACCCAUCACUCAUGGGACCACAACAUGGGAGCCAGUUCGACGCCUUAAAUAUUCUAGGGAUAGGAGAUCAGAAUGAUGCGUUAGGGCAGUACUCACUCGAUCAAGGGACAUUGGGCGGUAAUAGCCACCAUCAACAACACCAACCGCAGCAGCACUUCGACCAGUCGUUUCACCACACCCAUCCCGAUGACCACGGCCUGGGCACUUCGGGGGCAUGGCAUGAUGACCCUACAACGUCCGCUAACGAGGGAUUGGCGAAAUUAGGCGACGAGUGGGAGACACUGGCUGAAGGCAAUCAGUUCCAUCUUGAUAGUAUCGACGACAUCCUCGGCACGACUGAUAGUCCCGGAGGUUAA